AUGGUGCUCGCGGCCACGACCGCGGCGGUGGCGGCUGCCGCCACCGGCGCCGCCGCCGUGGCCGGGUGCUUUGGCGCCGCCUGGGGCCGUGGCCCCAGCUUGGCCAGUCGCCGCUGCCGGCACCAGUGCAGGAGCAUCUCGGUCGAGGGGUUCGUGCUGGUCAAGGUCAGGGGCAAGCCCACGCACAGGUACGCUGCCCUCAAGGGGCAGACCCUCUUCGUCGGGCGCGGGCCAGACUCACUGGUAGCCGCCGAGGUGGUCGGAGGGGCUCGGCUGAGCUUGCAUCGCAGGCUGCACCAGUUUGACGGGGAGUGGACCGCCUACGUCGACAUCCUGCCACUCUCAGGCCGCCGGGUGUGCAUCCAUUUCCGGGACAUGGACUCGGCGCAGCGUUGGAUGGCCGCGCUGCAGCAGGCCGUGCGUGGCCUGAGGCCGGCGGACCUCAUCCAUCGGCUGGCGGGCGACCUCGACGCGCUGGCUGCGACGAACAGGGAGCUGACCCAGAUGGUCAGUAGUCUGGGCGUCCAGCAAGGGGAAGCCGAGCCUGCCCAUGGCGUUCAACCGCAGGGUGACUGCGCGGCGGUUGACUCUUGUACUCGUUCGGGUGCUCGCGACCAGGAAGGUGAGCAUGAGAGAUUGCUUGAGACUUCCAAGUUCGCGUUCGCUGAAGGCCUGCUAGACGACCUAGCUGUGAAGAGCACCGCGCGACUGGAGAGGUUGCAGCAGGCGGGUGCAACCUUGCGAGACUUAUCCGAGUCAGUGAGGUCACCAUCUGCAUGUAAUACCGUUGAGGUUGGGUGA